GCAGUUCGUGAUUUCAUAACAUCAAAGGAGAUUUAUGGUCGACUACAUGCGCUGGUCUCAAUGCAUACACAUGGACAACUUUGGAUUCUCCCCUAUAAUCACCAUAAACGAACAUAUCCAGAGGAUUUCAAGGAUCUUGAACGUCUUGCUACGAAGGCCGCUGAAAAGGUGUAUUCCUAUCGAGAGACAAAAUAUCGCGUCGGUACCGCUGCAGAUAUGCUAGGUAGUCCCUGCUUGGAAGUUGAUUAUCGUAGGGCCAUACUCAUCCGAGAGUUGAAGAUUCUAGGAAAUUUAUUCAGGGACGGCAACAGGUGGUGCAACAGACUGGAUUAA